GUCUCUCUGUCCCGCCCUCCCGCGCUCUCGUGUGUUCUCUUUCUCUAUCUCGCGGCCUGUAUCCUUGCGCGUGGUCGCGUCGGACUCCCGCGGCACUCUCGCGGCAGUGGCGCGGCCUCCCUGACGGGCCCCGCUCUACCCCGCGGCACGGCUAAGUUCCGUAAGCACGGCACCGAGAGCUCGGAACCGGCGCGACCGACACCGGUAGGGUCCCUCGCGGCCGCGCAACAGUCCUCGUGCGACGCGCGACCGCGCGAGCGAACGUUCGGGUCUUCAGAGGCAACCAGCGGCACUCCGCCUCCUCCUCCUUCACCUCCUCCUUCUUCUUCUUCUCUUCGGCUGCUUCUUCUUCGUUCCCCUACCCAGCAACCCCGGAGAGUUCGUCUGUCCGUUCGUUCUUUCUUCCUUCCUCCCCUUCCUCCCUCUUUCUCGCUCCUUCGCCUCCUUCGUGCUCUUCUUCUUCUUCUUCUUCUCGUCUCUCGGCAGGCUGGCAGGAGACUCUGAUCGGCCUCUUCUCGCAGGAGCGAAAAGAGAAGAAGUGAGGAGGGGGGACCGAUCUCCCCGUCGACGUCGUCGGGGAAAACGAACGGACGAAGCGAGUGAGCGCGCGGGCGAGACGUCGAGACCGUCGCGCGGAACCGAGAGAAGGCUCUCUCUUCUCGCCCGGUCCUUUCGGCGGAGGAAUUCUAGCUGGCGUGGCUCGGCGCGACGGCCGCCUCCACCUUCCUUCCUUCCCUCCACCCGAAGUCCAUUCAGAGCCCUCCCUGGAUGGGACGGUCCGCACACACCAUCGGUCUACUCGGUGCCGGGUUCCGCGCGAUAUUUUGUGACUGCCUGUCCGUGCAGUGCUCGUGCUUUAGCCUGUGCUUCUCGGCUCCCUAGACCCGUCGCGGAAUAGGGAGGUCGACAUGACCCGGUUGGGAUUGCGAUUCGUCGCAUCCGCAGUUUGGCUGGCCGGGAUUGUUAGUGGUGCGCAAUUUAAUCACACAUCAUGGCCGAGUCCACCGCCGGUCGUGCCGCUAGGAGGGCGAGGUGAUAUUCCAGGAAAGCAUGAAAAUGAUAGCGAUGACGAUUACAACAAUCCGUUGGGAUGGAAAUAUACAGAUAGAGGGUUCAUCGCAGGAUACGAGGACGCAGAAAGGCGGAACGGCAGUUCCACUGAUUAUCACAGUCCUGACGAGAGGACUCGGCAGUGGAACUACUACAGAAACCGGAGUGAUCCUUAUGGUCAAGGUUACUCGGGCCGGUAUCCUUACGACCGAACGGGUUCGCGGGACGACAGAUACCCUGACAGUGGCGGCACGUCAGGAUCUGGAAUUGACGAAAACCGACCGGGUGGUUAUCCCGAUAGUCGUGGCGACGGAUACGACACAUACAGUGGUGCCGGCGAUAACGAGCGAGAAGGAGGAGCAGGAGGAGAAGAAGGAGGAGGAGGAAGAGGCUACCAUUAUGGUCGCGGACAACAAGGCGAUCCUUACGGCAGCAGAGAUCCUCACCCAACUGAAGAUCCUUACGCAAACUAUAACUUUACCGAAGAUGAUCGCGGCAGAAAUGUUGGAGAUCCUCAUGGCCGAGGAUCAACAAACUUUCCGCGUCCGACGUGGACAGGUAGAACCGACGAAUCUUACGGUCGUGGAAGCGGGGACACUUAUGGCCGCGGAGGCGGUGAAUCUUACGGCGGCGUUCGCGGGGGCGGUGAUCCUUACGGCGGCGCUCGCGAUGGCGGUGAUCCUCGUGGCGGUGAUCCUCGUGGCGGUGAUCCUCAUGGCGGCGCUCGCGGUGGCAGUGAUCCUUACGGCGGCGCUCGCGGUGGCGGUGAUCCUUACGGCGGCGCUCGCGAUAGCGAUGAUCCUCGUGGCGGUGAUCCUUACGGCGGCGCUCGCGGUGGCGGUGAUCCUCACGGCGGCGCUCGCGGUAGCGGUGAUCCUCGUGGCGGUGAUCCUCACGGCGUCGCUCGCGGUGGCGGUGAUCCUCGUGGCGGUGAUCCUCAUGGCGGCGCUCGCGGUGGCGGUGAUCCUUACGGCGGCGCUCGCGGUGGCGGUGAUCCUCACGGCGGCGCUCGCGGUAGCGGUGAUCCUCGUGGCGGUGAUCCUCACGGCGUCGCUCGCGGUGGCGGUGAUCCUCGUGGCGGUGAUCCUCAUGGCGGCGCUCGCGGUGGCGGUGAUCCUUACGGCGGCGCUCGCGGUGGCGGUGAUCCUCACGGCGGCGCUCGCGGUAGCGGUGAUCCUCGUGGCGGUGAUCCUCACGGCGUCGCUCGCGGUGGCGGUGAUCCUCGUGGCGGUGAUCCUCAUGGCGGCGCUCGCGGUGGCGGUGAUCCUUACGGCGGCGCUCGCGGUGGCGGUGAUCCUCGUGGCGGUGAUCCUCACGGCGGCGCUCGCGGUGGCGGUGAUCCUUACGGCGGCGCUCGCGGUGGCGGUGAUCCACGUGGCGGUGAUCCUCACGGCGGCGCUCGCGGUGGCGGAUAUGGUGGCAGUUAUGGUGGCAAUGGUGCCGCCGGAGAUAAUGAAAAUUACCCGAGUAAUUACCAGGCGGUACCGAUGCCGGGAGCACCCCGAAACUGCACAGGAUCGGGAUCUGGACAGUGCUGUAUACCCAAGUGUUUCGCCGAGAAAGGAUCGCGGGGACCACCGGGAGUAUUAGGACCGCAAGGUCCCAAGGGUCAACGAGGAUUUCCAGGAACAGAAGGUCUUCUAGGACCCAAAGGACAGAAAGGAGAUCCCGGUCCACAGGGGCCGCACGGUAUCAAAGGUGACAGAGGAAAAAUGGGUAUGCCCGGUUUUCCCGGUAUAAACGGCGUACCUGGAGUACAAGGACCUCCGGGACCAACCGGUUUGCCCGGUGCCGAUGGUUGCAACGGAACAGAUGGUGCUGCCGGACGUAAAGGUAUUCCUGGAGAACCAGGACCUCGUGGCUUUCGAGGCGUGCCUGGUCCUAAAGGAGAAAAAGGUCAACCUGCGUACGCUGGUUCUUUCCCGGUAGGACAAAAGGGUGAACCUGGUAUGGACGGUGUGAGAGGUCCUCCUGGACCGCCGGGUUUACAAGGAGAACGGGGUUUGUCUGGUCCGAAGGGUGAACGAGGUCCUUACGGAGCUUCUGGCGUACCAGGUCCGAAAGGAGCGAAGGGAAACAUGGGUCUCGGAUUUGAAGGGUUGAAGGGAGACAAGGGUCAAAAGGGAGACCCAGGACCUCCAGGCACAACCGCGCCUAUCAUGCCGUUCGAGGGUGUCAGAGAAGUAACAGGACCGCAAGGAGAAGCAGGACAUAAAGGAGAUAAAGGUGAAAUGGGACCGGAAGGACAGAAAGGCGAACCAGGUUUCAUAGGCGAUCAUGGUAUACCCGGAGGAUCCGGCCAGAAGGGAGAAAAGGGUCUCCCGGGAGCACCAGGUAUUCGUGGCAGAGAUGGUUUCUCUGGACCACCAGGACCUCCUGGACGAAAGGGUGAUCGAGGUAUCGAUGGAUUGGAGGGACUUGGAGGGCGUCCUGGUAAAAAGGGAGAACCUGGUCGAGACGGGUCGAUGGGAGUCCCAGGAUUACGAGGGCCUCCUGGACCACCAGGAGGUGGUAAAGGAAGACCAGGACCGCCAGGACCAAAAGGACCGCGCGGUUUCCCAGGAGCUACCGGGCCACGAGGAGCGGAUGGUUAUUCAGGAGAUCCAGGACCAAGAGGUCCUAUAGGAAUACAAGGAGGUCCCGGAAUACCCGGAAUUCCAGGUCCGGAAGGUUUACCAGGCGAGAAAGGUGGAAAAGGUGAGCCUGGCUUAACGGGAUUCCCAGGAGGCGCAGGACCACGCGGAUUUGACGGACCACCUGGACCAGCGGGACCACGAGGACCGCCGGGAGAGAAAGGAUUAUCGAGAAUAGGACCAAAAGGGUUGGACGGAGUGCCUGGUUUUGACGGAGAGAAAGGUCAAAAAGGAGAACGCGGUUACCCGGGUGUCCGAGGUCGACCGGGAGACUCUCUGGAUGGUAUCCCAGGAGCACCGGGCGCACCGGGUGAGACUGGAGAAGCAGGAUCGCCAGGAAGAGAUGGCAUACCAGGAUUGCCAGGAGGGUCCGGUGAAAAAGGAGAUAUCGGCGGCCGCUGUCAGGAUUGUUUGCCGGGAUUGCGAGGUACUAAAGGAGACCGCGGUACGGAUGGUAUCCCAGGACUUACAGGACCUCGAGGACCGCCCGGAGAACGCGGUUUCCCCGGAGAACCGGGGAUGGAUGGAUUACCAGGCGCGAUCGGACCUCCGGGACUUCCAGGAAAAGAUGGUAUACCCGGUGCUCCAGGACAUCAAGGAGAACCCGGAGCCCCAGCGUUAGUUACACAGAACAUGCUCAAAUUGGAGAAAGGUGAUAAAGGUGUGCGUGGCGAGUCUGGUCGACAAGGUCCGCCAGGACCAGAAGGAGCUCCGGGAGAAAAGGGUAGACCCGGAUUCGAAGGUUUCCCAGGGCUUAAAGGAACUCCAGGAGACCGCGGCUUUCCUGGACAAGAUGGCACUCCUGGGAAACCGGGUAUUCCUGGAUAUAAAGGAGAGAAAGGUUUAAGUGUGAAAGGUGAACCCGGAGAGUCAGGUCGAUCAGGUUCUCCAGGACAAAAAGGAGAGCCUGGUCUAUACGGAUCAAAGGGUGAACCUGGUCAAUGUCCACCAGUUCACUUGAUGAAGGGUUUCAAAGGUGAUCGAGGUUUAACCGGCGACAAAGGAGAACCCGGGCCUCCUGGUGGGGAUGGAAGACCCGGUGAUAAAGGAUUGCAAGGUUUCGAGGGCCCAUCUGGUCCACCUGGUUCAAUUGGUGCCCCUGGUCCCGUCGGUCCAAGAGGAUUACCAGGUCCGCGCGGUGACAAAGGCGAUGUGGGUCCUAUGGGUUUCCCGGGAGAACCUGGUCGAGAAGGACCUAGAGGAUUCCCAGGUGCACCAGCUCCGAAAGGUGAUAAAGGAGAACCUGGUAUAUCAGUCAAGGGUAGUCCUGGUCUAACUGGUCCUCCGGGUGAAAAGGGAGAAAAGGGUCUUCCUGGACCACCAGGCAAAGAAGGUCAAAUUGGUUACCAGGGAUUAGCGGGCUUUACUGGCGAAAAAGGAGACAUCGGUGCACCGGGAAUAAACGGUUUGCCUGGAGCGCCUGGUGAGAAAGGAGACACCGGUCUGGUUGGUCCUCCUGGUCCUCCGGGCGUUGCUGGUAUUCCAGGAGCCGACGGAAACAAAGGUGAACCAGGAUUACCGGGAGAACCCGGUAGAGCCGGUCUCCCAGGAUUCCCAGGCGCAAAGGGUGAUCGCGGUGAACCAGGUAUCGAUGGACCAAAAGGAUAUCCCGGUAGACGAGGUUUGCCUGGAUCUCCAGGCAUACCCGGUAUGGAGGGUACACUGGGUAUUAAAGGAGAACGUGGUGAGAAAGGUUCACCAGGAUUCCCUGGAUUACCAGGUAUGGAAGGAAAGCCUGGUCGUCCUGGAAUAUCUGGGAUGAAAGGAGAUCAAGGACCACAUGGAGCACCUGGUUUAUCAGGAUCUAUCGGUCACGACGGAUUGAAGGGUGAUACUGGUCUACCGGGUCUACCGGGAAGGAAAGGAGAACCAGGUCAAGUUUCGGAGAAAGGACAGAAGGGUGAGCCUGGAAUGCCUGGAAUACGAGGUCCUCAAGGUCCUCCGGGUCGAGAUGGAGUCGAUGGUGCGAAGGGCGAACCUGGUGAACCAGGUAUCGGCCGUGACGGAAGGCCUGGAUUGAAGGGUGAGCGAGGUAUCCCAGGUCUAGAUGGAACGCCAGGAUUCCAGGGUCAAAAGGGUGACACUGGUGUACAAGGAUUCGCCGGAAUAAAAGGAGAUUUGGGUUCACCAGGUGCAUCUGGAGAAGUAGGACCGCCAGGCAUAGAUGGAAUUCCUGGCGAAGAUGGUGAUGUCGGGCCACCGGGAUCGCCAGGUUUUCCUGGAAUCGAUGGUGAUAUGGGAUCCCCUGGUCGACCUGGACUCGAUGGUGUCAAAGGAGAUCGCGGAAUGCCAGGAAUCGCCGGACUGCCUGGUAUUCUGGGAGCACCUGGAGAGAAAGGAGAUCGCGGUCCUUCAGGACCAACAAUACAGAUCAAGGGUGAAAAGGGUGAACCAGGUAUUCCUGGAUCACCUGGCAUCACUGGAGAGAAAGGAGAUCGAGGCUUGGAAGGUAUCAGUGGAUAUGAUGGCGAAAAGGGUGACAGAGGUCCACCUGGACCUGAAGGAGUUCCUGGACCUUAUGGUACCCCUGGUCCUAAAGGUGAUCAAGGAGCUCCUGGUAUUCCUGGUGUUUCUGGAGUUACGAUAAAGGGCGAGAAAGGUCUACCUGGCUUAUUGGGCAAACAUGGUAGAGACGGUAUACCAGGACGACCCGGAGAAAAGGGUGAACGGGGAUUGCCUGGUUUGCCAGGACCGAAAGGAAACGUUGGACCUUACGGACCGGUUGGACCACAAGGUGAAAAAGGCGAGCCAGGACCACAGGGUCUGACUGGAGUACCAGGACGCGAUGGAGCUCGAGGUUUGGACGGUGCGCCAGGAUUCUCUGGUGAGAGAGGUCCCAAAGGUGAUCAAGGAUCGCCUGGAUUGUUCGGCGCUCCAGGACAAAAAGGAGAACCCGGUCCUACAGGACCAACUGGAUUGGACGGAAUCCCAGGUGAAAAGGGUGAGAGAGGUUGGGAUGGUUUGAAUGGUCCGCCCGGAGAAAUUGGUCAGAAGGGCGAUAGAGGAUAUACUGGCCAAAUCGGUACGCCGGGUAUUAUCGGUUAUGUGGGUCAAAAAGGUGAAAAGGGCGAAGAUUGUAUCGAGCCACCAAUGGGACCGAAAGGAGAUCGCGGAUAUCCGGGAUCAAACGGACCACCCGGUCUACCGGGAGAGAAAGGACUUCCAGGUCCACCAGGUUUCCCCGGCUUGGAUGGAAUCAAAGGCGCUCCAGGUCUCAAUGGCCAAGUCGGACCAUCUGGCUUGCCAGGUUUGCCCGGACCGGUCGGCUCGCCCGGUUUGCCAGGUCUUCAAGGUCCCGUCGGUGCGCCCGGAUUUAUCGGCGAGCCCGGCGCACCUUGCGAAGAGACACCUGAUUAUCUUACCGGUAUCCUUCUGGUGAAACACAGUCAAAGCCAAGCCGUACCGGCCUGCGAACCAGGACAUAUCAAGCUUUGGGAAGGAUACAGUCUGCUGUAUACUGAUGGCGACGAGAGAGCGCACUCCCAAGACUUAGGUUACGCCGGCUCGUGUAUACGAAAGUUCGCGACGAUACCCUUCCUGUUCUGCGACGUCAACAACGUCUGCCAUUACGCUAGUCGCAAUGAUCGCUCUUACUGGUUAUCGACCAAUAGUCCAAUUCCCAUGAUGCCCGUCGAGGAAUCGGGUAUAGAGGAAUAUAUCUCCAGAUGCGUGGUGUGCGAAGUUCCAGCUAACGUGAUAGCGGUACACAGCCAAACGAUAAGCAUUCCAGAAUGUCCGGCGGGAUGGUCCGGCCUUUGGAUCGGUUAUAGUUUCCUCAUGCACACCGGCGCAGGUUCCCAGGGCGGCGGCCAGUCCCUGUCGAGUCCUGGCUCCUGUCUGGAGGACUUCCGUGCCACACCGUUUAUCGAGUGCAACGGCGCCAAAGGACACUGCCAUUAUUAUUCUAAUCAGUUCAGCUUCUGGAUGGUAACUAUAGAAGACAGUCAGCAGUUCAGGAGUCCCGAGAAGCAGACCCUAAAGGCGGGCAAUCUUAGGUCCCGAAUAAGUCGCUGCCAAGUUUGUAUAAAGAAUACGUAAAACUACGCGUUACACACACUGUUACACGUACGCGCAUACACAUAUAUACAUACACACACACACACACACACAGUGUAUGUACACGUACAUACGCAUACACGAACACACUUCUUUCUUCUCCCGAUUUUUUUUACACGAGAACAGAAACGAAACUACAAAUAUAACGGGCAGGGUAUCGGAGCCGACGGUGAUUCCGUCGAGUUCUCGAAUUCCGAGUCUCUCUCGACACGCGAAAAUGAUCUCCAUGUUUACACGAGACGACGGGAAAGACGACGAUUCGCUCGAGAGGUACAUUUUGCCGCGGCACGGAAAAUAGAGCCCGUCGAAAUUACGACCGGUUUCGUUCCCUGAUAACAAGGAAGAAGAGAGCGGUAACGUCUCGCGAUGGAACGACGGAACGGAAGUUCAGAGGACUCGCUCGAUCCGCGUCGACGACGUCGAAAUAAAGAGAGCGACACGUCCCUCCCUCGUGAUCCUCUCUCUUUCUUCUCCUAUACCUGAUGUGUUCCGUAACCACGUCUUAUCUUCGUUAUUCCUGCCCGACUCCUCGUCCCUUACACCGUCUCUAUGUCUCCGUCCUCGGUAACUUCUUUUUCCCGAGAGCCAGCCUCCUCGCUCGUUAACCGCCCUUUCAUCUUCCCCGCGAACGCUGCCUCUUUCGCCAUAUGUGUUUUCUUCUUAUUUUUGUUCUCUUUUUUUUAUACGUAUAACUAUCCAAGCAAGUGCCUCUAGCGCGUACUACCCUCUCUUUCUCUUUUCCUUUCUCUCUCUUUCUAGCAUGUAAAAUAAUAUAUAUUUAUAUCUUUCGUAUGAAUCUCUUGUAUUUGAAGUCUAAGUUUAUCGUACUCUACCACGGACACUGCCCAUAUCCAAUAUGGCACAUUUUACAUAUUGUAUAUUAAUAUAAAUGAUCUUUAGCCUGGUAAUCGUGUGACGCCAAAUAUUUAAAUAAAUAGGUAUUUUGCUACGUAGCUAAUAAAAUUCUAUUUUCAAACUUCACUGGCUCUCAUUCGUACUCGUCCGCAUCCGACCCUGAAAUAGUGAGUAAGCGAGCGUAACCCGAAAUGAUGUUAGAAUGAUUUCUGGGCCGUUUGAUUUAUCUCGUCUUUGUUGAGUGUCUCUUCUUCUUGCGAGCAGACGCAUAAAGGAAGAAGAACAUAGCCGACUUAAUUAUGCGAAAUUGCUCCUUUUAUACACGUUGUAAUUCUUGUGUCUGUAUUAUUGCGCAAUGCUGGGAGACUUUCGCGUCUCGGUUAAUUUUUUUUUACUGGGCGAAAAAGAGUGUAAAAUACUUUUAACUAGACGAAAUGCUAGAGAACACUAUAACGCAAAUGUGAAUACAAUAGUCUGAAUGAAAAAUAAAAAAAAAAUAUUGUGAUA